GCGUGAUCUUCUUGCUCAAAGAGAGCAAGCAGAGAGAAAUAGAUUGGCCGAAGCUCUUGAUGCUGAAGUGAAGAGAUGGUCGAGUGGGAAAGAAGCGAACCUGCGUGCAUUACUUUCGACACUACAAUAUAUCCUUGGGCCUGAUAGUGGUUGGCAGCCAAUUCCCUUGACUGAAGUUAUAACUUCUGCGGCUGUUAAGAAAGCUUACAGGAAAGCCACUCUAUGUGUUCACCCUGACAAAUUACAACAACGUGGUGCAAGUGUUCAGCAAAAGUAUAUAUGUGAAAAGGUUUUUGAUCUUCUGAAGGAAGCUUGGAACAGAUUCAACUCAGAGGAGCAGUAGAUGGCCAUUGCAGCACAUCAUGUAAUUUAUACUUGUAGCUAGUAAAUAUCUCUACGUCUGUCAAAUAUUUUUAGUUCUUUCGUUAGGUUCCAAAGGUAAGCUCAAGCUUCGAGAUUGCCAGGGAAGAAAUGUUGGUGAAAGAAGAAGGUUUAUCUCUUUCGCUUCAUCGUUGCAGACCCUUUAACAGAUUAAAAUAGAGGUCUGUUCUCUUUCAUGCUAUGAUGAUUUACCAGAGGAUUUGAGAUUCGGAUAAUUCAUACAUAUAUAUAUCGCCGGGAAGACAGUUCGGUCGGCAGUAAUGAAGGGUUGGAAUUGAAAUCCCAUUUCUGUUUAUCAUUGUUAUUGCAUUCCUGUUUCCAGUGUCCUUGAAUUCAAGUACAUGUACAAUAUGACACAUCUGGUUUGGUGAUUAAUGGAUAGAAUUAAAAUAGAUAGAGCUAUUGAUUUAUUUUA